AGUUGUCUCGCAGAGCUGUCAGUCCUGUCACUGCGCAUGUUGAGUAUUGCACACAUGGACAGACGCUGGUAGUGCCUCCCUGUCAGAUCUUGAUAGCAUGAGAGGAGAAACCAAAUGAUGCCGAAGUGGGUAUCGAUGGAGAAAACAGCAUCUUGGAAAGCGUAGCCUUGGUCCAGCAAGACAAUGCGAUGCAUUUCUCAGUCUGAACUGCUGCUAAGCCAUUAUGGAGCGAAAUGUGGUCACUGGUUUGAUGAACUCUUCCUUAGAGAAGGACAGACCAUCCAUGGAUCCAAGUGGAUCUUUGUGAGAUCAGCCGCCUUCUACUGCAACCCAUCCACAGGUGGUUUUGCAGACAAGACUUACGAAUGGAGCUCAGAGGAGGAGGAGUCCGUGAGGAAGGCAGGACCGGUGCAAGUCCUCAUCGUCAAAGAUGACCAUUCCUUUGAACUGGAUGAAGCUGCGCUGAACCGCAUCCUCCUCUCGGAGGCUGUCAGAGAUAAAGAGGUUGUGGCUGUGUCCGUUGCUGGAGCUUUCAGGAAAGGAAAAUCAUUCCUGAUGGACUUCAUGCUGCGAUACAUGUACAACAAGGAAUCAGUGGACUGGGUUGGAGAUUACAACGAGCCCCUGACUGGUUUCUCCUGGAGGGGAGGGUCUGAGCGGGAGACAACUGGCAUUCAGAUAUGGAGUGAGGUUUUCCUGGUGGACAAGCCCGAUGGUAAAAAGGUUGCAGUGUUGCUGAUGGACACGCAGGGAACCUUUGACAGCCAGUCCACGCUGCGGGAUUCGGCCACCGUGUUUGCCCUUAGCACAAUGAUCAGCUCAAUACAGGUUUACAACUUGUCACAGAACGUGCAAGAGGAUGAUCUGCAGCACUUGCAGCUUUUCACCGAGUAUGGCCGGCUGGCCAUGGAGGAGACCUUCUUGAAGCCUUUCCAGUCUCUUAUAUUCCUGGUUCGUGACUGGAGCUUCCCGUAUGAAUUUUCCUAUGGAUCCGAUGGCGGCGCAAGGUUUUUGGAGAAGCGGCUGAAGGUCUCAGGAAAUCAGCAUGAAGAGCUGCAGAACGUCAGAAAGCACAUCCAUUCCUGCUUCACCAAGAUCUCCUGUUUCCUCCUACCUCACCCAGGCCUCAAAGUUGCCACCAACCCUAAUUUCGAUGGAAAACUGAAAGAAAUAGACGAUGAGUUCAUCAAGAACUUGAAGAUUUUGAUUCCUUGGCUGCUUAGCCCCGAGAGCCUGGACGUUAAGGAGAUCAAUGGAAACCACAUUACCUGUCGAGGCCUUGUGGAAUAUUUUAAGGCAUACAUAAAGAUCUACCAAGGGGAAGAACUACCACACCCAAAGUCAAUGCUACAGGCCACAGCGGAAGCCAACAAUUUAGCAGCCGUUGCCACUGCCAAAGACACCUACAGCAGGAGAAUGGAAGAGGUCUGUGGUGGAGACAAGCCCUUCCUUGCACCGAGUGACCUCCAGACUAAACACGUGGAACUGAAGGAGGAGGCUGUGAAGCAGUUCCGUGGGGUGAAGAAGAUGGGUGGGGAGGAAUUCAGCCGCCGUUACCUCCAGCAGCUGGAGAACGAGAUAGAUGAGCUCUACAUCCAGUACAUCAAGCACAACGACAGCAAGAACAUCUUCCACGCCGCCCGCACCCCCGCCACGCUCUUUGUGGUCAUCUUCAUCACUUACGUGAUAGCUGGAGUCACCGGCUUCAUUGGCUUGGACAUCAUAGCCAGUCUGUGCAACAUGAUCAUGGGCUUGACGCUUAUCACACUGUGUACCUGGGCGUACAUCAGAUACUCUGGGGAGUACAGAGAACUGGGCGCAGUAAUAGACCAAGUGGCCGCAGCGCUAUGGGACCAGGGAAGCACGAACGAGGCUUUGUACAAACUGUACAGCGCGGCAGCGACCCACCGGCACCUGUACCACCACGCCUUCCCGGCACAGAGAGCAGAGCCCGAGGCCUCUGAGAGGAAGAAGGUGUAAGCCGGACGCGUUGCCGUCAAUGCAUGAACGACGGCGUCGUGGCUCCCACCCUCGUACCCACCACAAAGUGCUGUGGAACAGGGCGAGCGCGGAACAAGGCGCGUGUCAGGUGUGUUUGUUUGACACGGUGUUUGCCGGGAAGGUGCCGGCGUUUUCCGUUCUGUUCAAUAUGUACAUAUGGGUACUGCCGCGACUCCAAAGUGCUUUUAAUUUGCCAUCGCCAGCACCCUUCCCGGCUAGUUUACAAAGCCUUAUUUUCCCUUUCUUAAUUAGUUACAAAGUCACUGAAGAAAUGCUAAUUUACAGGUAACUCUGCAACAAAAAAACCUUCCAGACCUUGCAUUAUUCAGAAGCCAACUUAUUUUCUGAUACUUGAACAAGUUAUAGCAACACGUAACCAGGUUUUUUUUUUUUCUUCAAUUAACUGUUUAAUGACAUAAACAUAAUUAAAAAUGUAUUAACUCGCUUUAUGAGAUGCUGUAAGGGCACUUCUGCUGUGGUAUGUGACUGAUGUUGUCCAGAACGCGUACUUUCUGUUCGUAAGCAAUGCACAAAAUGUCACUUUGUACCAUGUCCUGGGGAGUUUCACUGUAUUUCUGUGUAUAUAUAUCCAUUAUAGCGCAUAGGAAGUGUGUUCUACAGGUCUAUUCUUUUAUCGUCAGAACUAUUAAAGUUUGCUUUCAGUUCCUAAGAA